AUGGCUGUCAGCGGCACUCCAUCGCCGUCACCCUUCGUCACCUUGGUCUCGUCCGACGGGUUUGAAUUCCACGUUCGACGCUCGGCUGCCUGCGUAUCUGCCACCAUUCGCCGAAUGCUGGAUCUGCAAAGCAAUUUCAGUGAAGCCCAGACCGGCAUAUGCCACCUCGAAAAUAUCAGUGGCAUCGUGCUAGAAAAGGUCGUGGAAUAUUUCUAUUUCAACGAAAAAUACCGCAAUAGCGAGGGCGUCCCGGACAUGGAUAUCCCGUCUGAGUUGUGCUUGGAGCUGCUCAUGGCCGCUGAUUAUCUCAUCACUUGA